UGCUUUCGAUUUACAGAAUACUUACUGUAAUAGACAGAUUCUCGUAGUUAGAGAAUAUCUUACUUAUGAAAGUAUACGGAUUCCAAUUGACACCUUGUUUACGAUGUGCGUUCUGCCAGGUUGAAUACCAUGCCCUUGUUUGAUGUAUUUUUUACAUGGUGUAUGUCGUGAGGGGAGCAGAUGUUUAUUUUCUCAUGAUUUAACUACAAGCAAGCCAUCCACCAUCUGCAAAUUCUUCCAGAAAGGGCAGUGUGCCUAUGGAGACCGUUGCAGGUAUGAUCAUAUUAAACCCUCUGCUGGAAGGGGCAUAGGUGUCCUUGGGGCAGAAGGAGAAUACAGCAGUCGACCUCUUCCACCAGUUAUCCCACAAAGCUGCAACAUUGCAGCACCCCUCAUUGGAGGAAGCCACAUUGCAGCCACCGGCAUUGGUGGAAGCAACUUUGCCAUCCCAGUCAUCGGGGGAAACAGCAUUGGCAUCCCUAUCCUAGGAGGAAGCCACAUUUCAGCCCCAAUUAUUGGCAGCAACCCAGCAGAAACUGGGCGACGUGGAAAGAAACCACUGGUGCUGAGGGAUAGAGCACUGUGCACUUCAGAUGAAAGGACACCGCAGUACAGAGUAGAUGACUAUAAGACGCCUGAGCCUGGAUGCUGGGGUUACCAGGAUGAGGCAUUAAACAUCAAACCUCAUUCUUAUCUGGAAGCCAUUCGAAGCGGGCUGGAGGAUUCGACUGCUGGCAGCUCUUUUGCAAACCCCCAGCAGCUGUGUCCUUAUGCAGCUGCCGGCCAGUGCCACUUUGGAAGCAGCUGUGCUUAUCUGCAUGGAGAGGUGUGCGAGAUCUGCACGCUGCAGGUGCUCCAUCCCUUUGACCCAGAGCAGAGGAAAGCACAUGAGAAGAUGUGUAUGGUGGCAUUUGAGCUGGAUAUGGAGAAGGCGUUUGCCGUGCAGUUCAGCCAGAACAAGGUGUGCAGCAUCUGUAUGGAGGUGGUGUACGAGAAAGCAUCGCCCUCAGAGAGACGCUUCGGAAUCCUCUCGAACUGCAAUCACACCUACUGUCUGCCUUGCAUCAGACAAUGGCGGUGCGCCAAGCAGUUUGAGAACAAGAUCAUCAAGUCGUGUCCUGAGUGCCGUGUGGUAUCGGAGUUUGUUAUCCCCAGUGUGUACUGGGUAGAGGACCAGGAAGAGAAGAACAGACUUAUUGAAGAAUUCAAAACAGGAGUGAGCAAAAAGGCCUGCAAGUACUUUGACCAGGGAAGAGGGACAUGCCCGUUUGGUGGAAAGUGCUUUUACAUGCAUGCUUAUCCGGAUGGGACGAGAGCCGAACCUGAGACACCCCGCAAGCAGAUGAGUUCAGAGGGGAGCGUUCGGUUCCUGAACUCUGUGCGGCUGUGGGAUUUCAUCCAGGAGAGGGAGCACAGGGGCGAGCGGCAGCAUGAAGACGAGGUCUCAGAGCUGGGGGAGCUCUUCAUGCAGCUCUCGGGGGCCGACCAGGAAGCAAGCGUUACCUCCACACAGUGACAACUGCGAGCUGGAUGAAAAUGAACAACCUCUCUGUGUUCCUGCUACCUCCAGCAAUUUGGUUCAAGAGUUACAUCUUCAUUACCAAAUGUCAGACCUGUUAGUUAAUACAAGUACACCUAGAUAUUUGGACUAUGUUAAGAUCCAGAAGAGCAGCCUCCUAUAGUGAGGUAAUAAUAAUAAUAAUAGUAACAAUUGAAAAAGCUCCUGUGACCCAAAUGUUGGUUUUGGAGUCAUUUUUCUAGAAUAUUUUGCUAGACGCAUAUAUAAAUAUUGGGAAAACUUCCUAAAAUUUAAUUUGUUUGUUUAUGCAUCCAUUAUUUAAAUGUGUUAAGUAACUGGCUAUAUAUAUAUAUAUAUAUAUAUAAUUAAAAUGUGGUAACUUUAGGGUGACACCAUUUCUGCAAUAGUGUUUAAUAAACUUCCUUUAGCAAUGAAUUUCUAAGUAAAAUUUGCAUAAAUUCCUAGAACUUUUUUCCUUUGUAGACAGCCCUAUGUAUGACUAAUUAAGCAUCGAGACAGUGCUUACUUUGUUUUUCAAGUGUGUUAAUGUAACGUUCACUGACUGCGAACAAAGAUUCCUCAUCAAUAAAUUCUGAAGUGCAACAUUUUA